UAAACAGGAACUCUGAAAAGGAUUGUUUCCCUAGAAACGGGUUGACGUUCUCUUGUCAAUGAGAUUUCAGCUACCGAACUGCGAUGGCCUAGUGAGCGCACUUUUCAAAGUGACGGCUUCAGUUGAGCUGUGCUGUCUGCUGUGCGAUCAGCGAUGUCAGGCAGUGCUCACAGAGGGCGCCAAUUAACUACUAAAUUCAAAAGCCGCCGACCAAUUAAAACCUCUUGCGAUGAUUCGACCAACGAAAAUGUCAAGUAUGACCGUGUGUGUCAGCUGCGCGCCAAGAAAGUGAUGGCCGAAUACGAGACUGUGUACAAAGAGGCGGUGGCACAGCUGGCCUUGCAGCAGCCGACUGCCUUCGCCGGCGUCCGUCUCGAGAGGGUAUUCACCAAUGGCAUCAUCAUUCCACGACGUCACGACGCCAGUCACAUCAGGCGUCGCGUCAUGCUUGAUCGACUCUUCAACCAAUCACAACCUGUUCAUCUACAAUGGGUCUAACUAGAAUAAAUUACUAUUAAACAAGUGAUGUGUUCCUAAAAUAAGUAUGUAGUGGGCCUACUCAAAGAAAAAAUUCACGUUUUCUCUGAAUAAUUUAUUAAUUAGUAAAAUAUAUUACUUGUAAACCAUGGAUAAUAGAACGCAUCUACAUUAAAAAUACCAUCAAAUGAAUAAUAUAAGACGCAGUUGGAUCAAUAGACUCAUUUGUGUUCUAUUAUCUGUGCAUAUACUUUAUCCGUGUUAUUAGUUUUGAGCGUUAUUGUUUAUCAAUUGUUGAAGAGUUGAACUUGAGAUUUAAUCGAUUUAAAUUUGUUUAGAAAUAUUAAGUUUAUGGAGUGUAGGUGGUGGAAGUGUAUUCAAGUGCAAGUAUCAUUAAUAGUAAUAAUAGUGGAAAAUACAUCAACGAUUGUUUAUUUAUUAUGUUAACUGAUUUAAUUAGCUACAGUGUUCAAUUUAAGUUGUUGAUAGCAUUGUAUGCUUAUGUUUUUCCAAUAUAAGGCUUUCUACUAUUAUGUCGUGUUAUGAAUAGUUAUGGAUUAAAAUUUCAUAAGUUUUGUAUAAUACAGCUUUUGCUUAUGAAGUAUUUAUUGCAGAUAUUAUCUUCCUUCUUUCCAAAUCAGUUUUCUAUUAAUUGAAAUAAUUUCCUCUAUAAUAUAUAGGUAGCUCAUUAUUGAAUUAUAUGUAUUUCAAAUAAAAAAUAUGCAAU